GCAGGAUUCCUCCGGCCUCGCUAUGGCGGCCAUCCCCCCCGACUCCUGGCAGCCGCCCAACGUGUACUUGGAGACCAGCAUGGGGAUCAUUGUGCUUGAGUUGUACUGGAAACAUGCUCCAAAGACCUGUAAGAACUUUGCUGAGUUGGCGCGUCAAGGUUACUACAAUGGCACAAAAUUCCACAGAAUCAUCAAAGACUUCAUGAUCCAGGGAGGUGACCCAACAGGGACAGGUCGAGGUGGUGCAUCUAUCUAUGGCAAGCAGUUUGAAGAUGAACUUCAUCCAGACUUGAAAUUCACAGGAGCUGGAAUUCUUGCAAUGGCCAAUGCGGGACCAGACACCAAUGGCAGCCAGUUCUUUGUGACCCUCGCUCCCAUCCAGUGGCUUGAUGGCAAACACACCAUUUUUGGUCGUGUGUGCCAGGGUAUAGGAAUGGUGAAUCGAGUAGGGAUGGUGGAAACAAACUCCCAGGACCGCCCCGUGGACGAUGUGAAGAUCAUCAAAGCGUACCCUUCUGGGUAGACAUGCCGCUCUUUUGGGCACACCCGGGUCUUCUGAGAUGACCCCAAAUGAACCAGCUCCCAGAUGACCUGGAAUGACACGUAACUCUAAAUUGCAUUUUGGCCUUGCAAGUCCUGGCACAGGAAGUCUGGGAUCUUGGGUGAAUUAGAGAUGGGAGUGUAUUUUAAUAGGAUGCCUCCUUUCUCUUCCCCCGUGCCUAGGUUGGCAGAACAUUUACAGAAGUGCCCAUGCACAAUCUUUCACAGGUUACUGCUCAUCGCCAGUGACCCACACUGCUCCUCCUUGUGCGUAUCUGUUCUGAUACUCUUGGAACAAGAUGAAGCAAACUGUCGUUUCACCGUGCCUAACCAAACUUCUUCCUGUGGAGAUUUAUAUUCAGGCCUACACUGCAUUCUUUGGUAGCUGACAGCAACAGAAUUCAAAAUCAAGUAGUGUCUAUCAGCCUUCUUAACUCUGUGCAGCCCCUGUGUCAGUCUCCUGCAUUUGUUCUUCCAGGGAAUGUAUACAUCUCUCUAUAUAUUUUCCCUCUCAAAACCAGAACAUCAACACUGCUGUUUCUGACACUUAGACAUCCCACGCAAAGCCACAUUGAAUUUUUGCCAAGUGAAAAAUGCAUCCAACAAUGAAGUUUCUAAGAAGGUGUCAAGUGGGGAAUGAUAAUGUGUAAUAAUCGAGAAAAGAAUUUAUUAAAAGGAAGCAGAAGCACUGGCCAUUUUUUCCCCAGGAAGGAGUGGAACUUUGUCGUGAGCUUGAGGACAGACUGUGACUUCUCCUUAAAAAGCAGUAUUCUCGUAAAGGAGGGGCACCAACUUAUGUUUUUUAUUUUUAAUAUGAGACUUUAGAGAAACUAGA